GCAUUCGUGAACUCAUCGACUUUCCAAACUGGACUUAAGUGGAUGUAUCGGGUACAUUCAUGAACUGUGACUGCUGAUGCCAGCUUAUUGGGACUGGAGUGGGUGUAAUCAGCUUUAUUCAUGAACCCCCUGUCUGAGUCUGGUUACACCCUGGUUGUUGGAUGUCCUGAGUGUGUUGAAUCAGCUGUUGCGGUGAUGAGGCAGGGCUCCUGGUGGCCUGUGUGGCUGGCUGGGCAGAGGCCCAUGGUGAUGUGAUGGGGUGCAGGAACAGUAAGGUCCUCCCUGAGCCUCCAGGGGAUGUUCAUUUGAACCUGGUCAAAAAGGUUGAUCCUCCCCAACCUCCUCAGACAGAUAUCUAUAAGCACUUCAUACGAGGGGAUGGCACUGGAAGCAAGAUGGGUGGGGCUGGUGGAGGGGGAGGUGACAAGGCAGACUCUACCUCUCCGUACCAGGCCCAGGCGCAAGCUGCCACUCCCACUGUUUCUACUCAGCCACCCAAGGACCCUUCCGAACUGUCGGACCCUCAGCGGAAGAAGGUGGCAAAAUACCGAGCCAAGUUUGACCCGCGUGUCACAGCCAAGUACGACAUCAAAGCUCUGAUAGGUCGUGGGAGUUUUAGCCGGGUCGUCCGCGUGGAGCACAAGAGCACGCGGCAGCCGUACGCCAUCAAAAUGAUCGAGACCCGGUAUCGGGAGGGGAGGGAGGUGUGCGAGUCGGAGCUGUGCGUUCUACGACGCGUUCGUCACACCAAUAUAAUCCAGCUGAUGGAGGUCUUCGAGACAGCGGAACGCGUCUACAUGGUGAUGGAGCUGGCCACCGGAGGAGAGCUCUUCGACCGGAUCAUCGCUCGCGGCUCCUUCACCGAGCGGGAUGCCACAAGGGUCCUCCAGAUGGUGUUGGAUGGCGUCAAGUAUCUCCACACUUUGGGGAUCACUCAUCGAGACCUGAAGCCAGAGAACCUGCUCUACUACCACCCUGGAGCCGAUUCCAAGAUCAUCAUCACUGACUUUGGUUUGGCCAGUAGCAGGAAGAAGGGAGAUGAGUGUCUGAUGAAGACCACCUGUGGUACGCCAGAGUACAUCGCCCCUGAGAUCCUGGUCAGGAAACCCUAUACAAACGCAGUAGACAUGUGGGCGCUGGGGGUGAUAUCGUACAUCCUGCUGAGUGGAACCAUGCCCUUCGAGGACGACAACCGCAUGAGGCUCUACCGGCAGAUCCUCAAGGGGAAGUACAGCUUCUCUGGAGAGCCGUGGCCCAGCGUCUCCAACCUGGCCAAAGACUUUGUGGAGCGGAUUCUAACAGUGGAUCCCAGUGAGCGGCUUACGGCCGGCCAGGCCCUGAAGCACCCUUGGAUCGUCAGUAUGGCUGCCUCAUCCUCCAUGAAGAACCUACAACGCUGUAUAUCUCAGAACCUCCUUAAGAGGGCGUCCUCUCGCUGCCACAGUACAAAGUCUGCCCAGUCCACGCGCUCUAGUCGCUCAACCAAAUCCAACAAAGCCCGGCGGGUGCGGGAGAAGGAGUUGCGCGAGCUGAAUCGUCGCUAUCAGCAGCAAUACAAUGGCUGAAAUGGGGGCGAACAGCGACUGUUGCAUACCUUUUAUAUUUUAGGGAAAACAGCACUACAAUGACUUAGCUUUUGCAGUGACUACCACCAUUUGAAGUCGCUGCCUGUAAGGGCUUCGCCCCAAAAAGUAGGAAUUAAGAGGACCAUAACUUAUGGCUACCAAAAGUUUUAAGUUUGAGAAAUUAACUGCUGCCAUAUGAGACUAUAAAACAAGUCCAUGAGGACAGUGUAAUCUAUGAAUUCCAGUGUGUCUUCUGAUGUGCACAGAAACGGACACACCAGUCAAUUGUUGUACUGCAACGAUUCCAUCAUCUCUCCAUCCAUUCCUUCACCUUUUCUUUGGCAGGAUGGGGCCUUUCACUCCUUUUUCCUUUUUGUUCUUUCAAUCCCUGUGUCUCUACAUAUUUAUUUAUUAUUGUUGACAUGAUUAUUAGUCUCCAUUCAAAUGGUCACUGGAUAAUGACCUUCCACGAGGAUCUGUUGAACAGAGUUCUGGGUACUGAAGUUUCUAAGAACAAAGGGAUACUUAAGAGGAGGGGGAAAACAAGUUCCUCUCACUCAUUCCUGAUUGAAAAUUGCUGUGAAUUUAUUAUUGUACUAAUUGUACAGAUCGUAACAUGUGGGCGAUGGAAACACACUGCAACAUAACCACACCCUUGAAGGCCAAAAUGAAGGCAUGUUGUUUAUUAGUCAAGUCUAAGCUUAUCAUAUCUUGCCAUUAUUGCUCUGUUAAUAUCAUUGUUCUAAACUGUCAAAAGAUUGUGAAGCUGUUUUGUGUCAGUGUUUAAUCUUAAAUUUAUUGUACUAGACAAUAAGCCACACAGCCCUGCUCCCAAUGAUUUUCAGAUUGAUAGAUUCACUUAUGAAGUAGCAGCUGUGAGCCCUUCCUGUUGCAUAGCAGUAUUAUUAAGUUUUCAUAAGGUUAUGUAGCUUUGUAGGGUGUUGUAUGGUCUCCUUUGUUGGUCACAGUGAAUGGUACAUGUUCUAAGAGCAGCAAUGAUGGCAAACAUGUGUUGCAUAGAGAGAGCUACUGGCUGCACCAGCUCUUGAUAAGUUCAUACUUACACCUGGGCCACGCUAUAGAGUUUUACUUUGAUAAUGGCCAUCAAUGAUAGAAUGUCUUUAUAAAUUUAAUAUUUGAGGUGAAAACAGCUUUCUUUCUGACAGCAUGGUGGGAUCUGGUUGUUCAAACUGGGACUCCUGCCUGUUAUUUUACCUGCUUCCAGAUGGAAAUUUGCGCAUUUGGAGAACUUGAUGCUCUUCUUGAGGGUGAUAGCAGGGGUUUAGCUUGGAGAAUACAGUAAGUCCUGUGUAAGGAGUGUAUGUGGCUGACACAGAAGUGGCCCAAACCAGACCUCCCCAUGCCCAUCAGAAAGAAAGCUGCUUUCAACCUAACAUGUAAUUAUUUAUUUUUCACACUUCAGCCAAUGCUGCUUAACCUUAUGUCAAAAUGAAAAAAUGUUAUUUACAAUGAAGCGACAUGAAACAUUCUAUUAUUAAUGGCCAAGGCGUGCAAGCAGUGCAGUGACACACGCACCGCUGAGGUAGUGAGUGUCCUAGGUGUUAGUUGUACCAGGAGUUCUUAGCGAAUAUUUCUGUAUCACUAAAUUUAAAAUGGUUGCACCACACAAAGUAGUUUUUGGAGAGAGAUAAGUAGAGGUUGAGAUAAGUUGUUACUAAAUAUAAAACUACACCCUAGCCAGGUGAAACUGUUCAGCACCUAACCCAACUCACUGACAAAAACGUUAGCUUGUUGAAAUAUGUACUGUCUGAAAUGAAGAGAAAAAGAGAUAAUAUGGAAUAUGUUUGACAUAUCUGACGUGACACUUGAAAAAAUGCUGUUUGAUAAUAAUAACUGGGAAAUUUUAGAUUUACAAAAAUAAUAUCCUAGGAAAUUACCAAAUAACGUUAGCUAGGUUAGCAUAAUCAGAUCUUUUC